AGCUUAUUAACAAAUAACUAAAAUUGAAAAGCGACAGAUCAUGAAAGGUGCCGGGAAGGGGCGGAAAGAGAAGCGGAGAGGAGUUAUUUUACCCCCCACCCUACCCCACCAGAGCAGGCCUGCGGGGAGGGGCAGUGCAUAGACCCCUGGGCCUCACCCACUGCUUUACUAGCAGAAAGGGGAAGCCCUGCAUGCUCUUGUGGCCUGUCCCUUGGGCCCUGGGCUUCUAGAGCUCAGAGCACAGUCUCCACAGUGCAGGGAUGGGAUCCUCCGCUUUCCCAGUCAUUUGCUUUUAGGGCUGAGGACUCCUCCCCGUGGCCUUUGCCCCUCCGCUGCACCAACCCCGUAUCUCAGCUCAGCAACUGUGCGCCCUGUGGGUGGAUGAAGUGUUGUCCCACGGGGGUGGGGGUGGGGCUGCAGGUUGUAGGGGUACAAGUAAACACAGCCUGCAAGAACUUAGAGCUGCAGAAGUGGGUGGACAUCAUGGACAUCUGUGAGUCAAUCCUGGAGAGGAAGAGGCAUGAUAGCGAAAGGUCUACAUGCAGCAUCUUGGAGCAGAAUGACAUUGAAGCAGUUGAGGCUCUUGUUUGCAUGAGCUCCUGGGGUCAAAGAUCCCAGAAAGGUGACCUAUUAAAGAUAAGACCCCUCACACCUGUUUCUGACCCUGGGGAUGUCACCACCACUGUGCAUGUGGACUCAGCCUCGCCUGAGCUACCAAAGGACUUCGACUCAUUAUCAACUCUGUGCAUGACUCCUCCUCAGAGCCCUGAUCUUGUGGAGCCAUUGACAGGGACACUUGUUCCUGCCCAAGUAACUGAUUCCAAAGCAUGCUUGGUCACGGCCGUCCCCCCAGCCUCCGCUGAGGCAGGCCAAGUGCCAAGCAGGAAAGUGGAGAGGGGCCUUCCUGGUUUGAAGCCAGGGCCACAGGAACCAGCCCCUGGCCCUUCCUGCAGGCCCAUGGUGACGAGUGUCAUCCGCCAUACUGGAGGGAGUCCUGCUCUUGGCCACAUUCCUGCUGCCCACAUUCAAGAAUGCCAACUUUCUGUCGACCCAGAAGGAGAAGCACAGUUGUUGGGACAUACCACAGCUCUGCUGGACACACAACUCACAGACAAUCUGCUGAACACUAACCCGGUGUCGUGUCAGCCUUGCUUGCACAAGUCUGGUGGCCUGCUGCUCGCUGACAGAGGCCAGCAGGCAGGAUGGCCUGUCGCAAUUCAAACCUGCUCACCAAAGAAUUAUGAAAGUGACUUGCCAAGGAAAGCCACCCCUCUGAUUUCUGUCCCUGUCUCCGGUUCCCCUGUCUUCUGCCAAAUGAUCCCUGUGACUGGACAGAGUGGCAUGUUACCGGCUUUUUUGAAGCCUCCUCCCCAGGUGUCUGCAGGGACCGUCAAACCCAUCCUGCCCCAUGCUGCUCCAGUGCCCUCGCCUGUGUUCGUGGGACCCCCUGUGCCUCAGGGAGCUGUGAUGCUGGUUCUGCCCCAGGUGGCCCUCCCCCAGCCUGCCACCUCUUCAUCCAGUGUAGUGGCUGUGGGGAGUCCCAGGUUCUUGCCCCUUGCCCCUGCUCCAGUGUUCAUCGCCUCUGGUCAAAACUGUGCCCCUCAGGUAGACUUUUCCCGACGGAGAAAUUACAUUUGCAACUUCCCAGGCUGCCGGAAAACCUACUUCAAAAGUUCCCACCUCAAGGCCCAUCUUCGCACCCACACAGGAGAGAAGCCUUUUAAUUGCAACUGGGAUGGCUGUGAUAAAAAAUUUGCUCGUUCCGACGAACUCUCUCGCCACCGAAGAACUCACACUGGGGAGAAGAAGUUUGUGUGUCCGGUGUGUGAUCGGCGUUUCAUGCGCAGUGACCACUUGACAAAACAUGCCCGGCGCCACAUGACUACCAAGAAGAUCCCGGGCUGGCAGGCAGAGGUUGGCAAGCUGAACAGAAUUGCCUCAGCAGAGAAACCUGGGAGCCCCCCAGUAAGCACGCCAGCCUCUGUGUGAAAGGUCAGCCAGGGAAUUGCCAAUGGGAGUUUCAAAGCAUUUUUUCAGGAAUGGAACUGAUGGUUUUCUCUCAAAAAAAAAAAAAAAAAAAAAAAAAUUAGGGGGUAGGAGAAAGUGGGGAGCUGGUUCUGAUGAAAGUAUGUUAGCUUUUCCUUUUUGGUUGGGACCCUGUUCAGUAUCUUUUGUAGUUUCAGAAGUUUUUUUGAGGAAAUGGAAGAAAAUUUGAUCAUCUGAAUCACCAGCAUUCAAACCGACGUUUCGGCAAUAAAGUUUACAAAAUCUGGAUUUUUACAGCCUUUCUAUUCAUGUUUUGUAAAACUGAGACAGGGUACAAAUUUUUAUACUGUUUUUUAUUAAAGUAUUUAUAUUGUUGGUAUUCAAAUCACCUAGAUAGGUGAUCUUAUGGUCUUCUUUUCAGAUGGUUUUCGUAAUAACUCUACUUUUAGUAAAUUUGACAUGUUUUUCAGCCACCAAAAAAAUAAAAAAAAAAAAACAACAACCCACAAGUCUGUAAUCAGGCUGUUCAGAUCUAAGAAUUUUUUAGAACCAGAACUGGUUUGAAUAGGGGCUACUUAAAUGGGGGAGGGGGAGGGGAAGAAUUUGCAUUUAGCUUUUUCAUAGCAUUUUCAAGAAAUUCCAAGCAACAAUUCCUUUAAGGCUGUAGCCCGAGGAAUUAAAAUUUUGGUUAAGUAGAACUAGUCAUUUACCUAUGUCCAUGGUGUGACUUGUGAAGAAUGUGCCCCAGAGGGUCAUUCAGAGUACCUGAGAAAUACCUGGUGAACAGUGAGCCGUAGGAUCUGAGUGUCUGUGUCUUUGGGGGCCAUUGCUCUGCUGAGAGCAACCUACUCAGUUUCCUGUUUGUACCUCAAACACCAAAAAAAAAAAAAGAUAAUGUAAGCACUCAAAUCCAGCCACUUUGUUAAUUGUCUGUUGACUUCUUUUGCUGUGGCCUUAACAGUGUUUUGUGGGUAGAGUAUCUUAGAGAAGAAAAUGUCCUUAUUGGUUGGAGGAACUUUCCACUAAAAAUACAGUUUGUCUGAGGUGAAGUGUACAUGCAGAGAGUCCAGCUCCAAUAUUCGGAUGUCAUUUAUUUGUUAAGUGUUAAGGACUAUAGGAAAUGUAAGUAACGCUAAAGGCAGUAAUACUACUCAGCUUUUCUUUCAUUCAUUUUAUUUGAAGGAAAUUGAUUAAACAAAAUUACUCGGAAUGAGGUGUUUUGCAGUCUGCUUAGAAAAUAGACCCAUGGUACCACUUUGAAUCGUGUGAUCUCUGGUCUUAAUUCUACAGAGACCGCAGCCCCAGGGUCCAGGAAGCCACUGAGAUUGCUUGCGUUGGGCGGCUUUGGGAAUCCAGGCAGCACAGCUCAUGCAAGGAACGUAGGAAUGUUGCACUGCUUUGUGAGCCUGGGAACGGGUUUUUAUUGUAUAUGUAUUUAGAUUUUGUCUUUGUGUCUUAGUUGUUGACGUUUAUUUUUAUUAAAAUAAUGGUGAGGUUGAAAUAUGGAAUAAAUACAAUUAGGUUUUAUGGUAACCAUCACCUGGUCAGUCACUGUGUCGCCUGAUAUCCAGUAAGUUGCACCAGCUCCUAAUCGACAUACGUGUCUGAGUGCUGGCUCUAUGUUUAGAUGGCUUUAAUAUUUUUGGACACUUCGUAGUUGAGUUUCCCCUGCAGGCCAUGGGAUGAUACAGUUGCAAGAGAACAGUGAUUAAAUGUAUAUAGCUCACAUUCUCCACCGCCCAGUCUUUUCUCCCACUUAUACCUGAAAUCAGUGUAAGCAUUUCUGACUAUGUAUAUGCUGUUGAAUGGCAUUAAAUUUGGAUAUUUUUCUUAAUUAUGCAAAAUAUUGGAGGUCCGACUAAUGUUCUGGUGGAUAAUACAAGGUCUUUGAAUACUGGAUUACUUGUCACAUUAAACUUCAUUCUCUGAGCGUGGUGUUUCUAAAGAAUAGAUGUGUUAAAAAUGGUUUUGAUUUACACUUCCAUUUCCUGAUUAGAUAUAGAAAUACCUUCUGUAAACGACUCCCGUUUGUUGAUUGAAAGACCGUAAAUUGGGAGAGUUUCCAUCUGAAAAAUACUGUCCUGGGCACCAGAAGCCUGGUGUGAUCUCAGCACGGAGGCCCUCCGCCGGCGGCUCUGGGGGUCAGGAGCAGGGCGCGUGCGGCAGCCUCCCCCGGUGCACUUUAUUGCCUGAUCUUUUUUGACUUUGAGCCUUUUUAGUUAGUUUCAGUAAUAAAAUUUAAGACGUUUUGGAAUUACGUUUUAUGUAACAGACUUUGACUUAUUAUUUAAAUAUGUGUGAUGUAAUUUUUUUCUUUGAAUCCCAUAAACCUUUUUUGAUUUGCAAA